AUGUCAGCUUUUUCAAAUACAUCGAUUGAGAUAAUUUCUAUUCCUUCUUCUGUAUUUUCUAUUGGAGAAAAGUGCUUCAUGAAUACGCUUAUCAAAUCUGCUUUCUUCGAUAUAAAGAGUGUGUGUAAGAAUAUUUCUGAAAAGUCGUUCUUCAACACAAGUUUGAUUUCUAUUUCUCUACCUAAUUCUGUUGCCUUUAUAGGUAACUAUGCUUUCGCACAUUGCAUUUAUUUGAAGUUUGUUUCAUAUUGUUCAAGUGUUUAUCAAGAAAACAAAAAUAUUUUCGAUAAGUCUGAUUUGCUCUUGAAUGUUUCUGUUCCUAAUUAUUAUCUUCACUCUUCGUUUUGUGGUCUCCCUGCUUUGAAUUACGGAUAUUGCAAAUAUGGAUCGGUUCCAAAGUGCCCACUCUGCGUAUACAAAUCACACCAAAGUGUUUACGUAUAUUUGUGCGUUUUAUUUGAAUAA